GGGAGAUUGGAAAAGGUUGGCCUGGGCUAAAUCAUCUGAAGAUCCUAGGAUUGCUGCAGGUCAACAGUCCCCACUGGAGAAAAAGAUCUCGAAUCUAGGUGGUGUGCACACAACAGCGGCAAGGCAGUUGGUAACUCAGAAAUAUCAAGAAGAGUAUGAAACACUCUGCAGGGAGCAAGCUCUUUCUCUUGAUUACUGGCUCGCCAAAGCAGAGUCUUAUUAUAAUAAAAGAAUAGUGGAAAUGAUGAAAAAGGAAGAGAUAGGCAAUGACGAUAAGAAGAAUAUGGAGGAGAAAACAAUCCAAAGCAUAGAAGGACGCAAACAGUACUAUUUGGUACCUGAAAGAGAGUUGAAACACAUAGAAAGGCACAUACAUCGAACAGGUCCGGCCAGAGAAGUUAAAAACAAAACAUGUAGACAAGUACUUCGACCUCCCUGUGAGACAACAUUACCAAAAAUUAUACCAGAAGGGCAUGGCAUACAGGACACACAGAGAAGAAAGCAGGUAAAUGAGAGGGAACAGAUGCAAAUCAAAGAUCACCAGGAACGCAUGAUUCAAGGGAGAGAACUUCUAGAGCAAAGACUAAAGGAAAGAAUCUUGAGAAAAAGCCAAAGCCAGCCACCUACACAUGAGAAGCAUGAGAGAAUAAAGAAAGAAAUAAAAGAGUUUGAAAGAGUUAUUGCAUAUCCACUUUUCCAGCCACACAGAAGUCGGAUUAAAGUGAAUAUUCUUAUGGAAAAGUCUCAGAAUGGAGAAGAAGUGAAUACAAUUAUGAAACCAUAUCAAAGAAAAUUCUUGGCUGUGCCACCGUUUUUGAGAAGUCAACUAGGAAAAAUAAAAGACUAGUAAGGCUUCAAUGCCUUUUAUGUUAAAA